UGCGAUUCACCUUUGGAGCCAAACAGUCCCAUGUUUGGUUACCCAGAGAGAAUUGACCAUGAAAAUGCAGAAAAAGAUGAAAACCUUUCGUUGCACAGGAAACUGGAUGGGUCUCCAAAUGUGUCUGGUCCACCGUCAAGGAAUAUGCUGUUACGAUCAGCCUCUACGCUAGAGAGGAAAUUAAGUUUUUCACAGAGCGAGUCAAACAUGGCUAACGAGUUUUGGCGGCAGAGCCGGAGAAAGGUCAUUGCUGAUCAACGGACUGCUAAUUCCAGUCCCGAACAUCUUUCCUUCCGAGCCCGUACGAGGUCCAUGCUAAGUGGCGACAAGAACUUGGCACGAGAUUUCACCAGUGAUGUUGCCACAUCAAGCUGUAAAUCUGUUGGAGGAGCGAAAGUGGAAACUAAGAGAAUAAGGAGGAGAAGUAUUAGUAUAACUCCUGAGAUUGGCGAUGAUAUUGUCAGGGCAGUACGAGCGAUGAAUGAAGCUUUGAAGCAGAAUCGCCUCUCAAAAGAGCAAGGGGAUGAUGGUUCUUCUCCUAGCUCUCCAAAUGACAGAACCGAUGGCUCCCAUCUCCAAAAAAAUGCCUCUGGUUUUCAUCUUGAUGCCCAUGACCAAGUUUCUGGUGGAAGGUCGACACUUUCAAGGGAACCACUAGAUCCGCAGAAGGCAAUCUCACUACCAUCUUCUCCCCAGAACUACCGAAGCCAAUAUGAACAAAGUGGAUCGUCAAAUCGUAAUAUAAGCCACAUAUGGGAUAAAGUAUUGGGAUCUCCCAUGUUCCAGAAUAAACCAUUAUUACCAUAUGAAGAAUGGAACAUAGACUUCUCCGAAUUGACUGUUGGGACACGUGUCGGAAUUGGAUUUUUUGGAGAAGUCUUCCGUGGGAUCUGGAACGGAACAGAUGUCGCGAUCAAAGUGUUCCUUGAGCAAGACCUUACUGCUGAGAACAUGGAGGAUUUCUGCAAUGAGAUAUCAAUUCUUAGCCGACUUAGACAUCCCAAUGUUAUACUGUUCCUUGGAGCAUGCACAAAGCCUCCACGAUUGUCACUGAUCACUGAGUACAUGGAAAUGGGAUCUUUGUAUUAUUUGCUCCACUCGAGUGGACAAAAAAAGAGGUUAAGCUGGCGGAGGAAGCUAAAGAUGCUGCGUGAC